GAAAAAGUCGAUUAUAGUUCACUUUGACAUAAACGAAUCAAUUGGUAGAGAAGUUUAAAAUUAUAAUGACAUUUUAAAAAAAAUACAUUAAGUGAUUCGGAACAAUAAGUAGAACGUGAUUGAUAAAAAUAUUUUAAAAUACAUCGCAUCGAUAUGUCCCCCAACAUAAACAUAAAUUAGCAUUUAGAAUUCGGAAGAGAAUUCAAUUUAGGUUUUUCAGUAUCAAAGUUCAAUCAAGUGUUUCUAUGUUUCAUCGGAACUUGUUAUGAAAAAUACCCGUUACUUCGUAGUAGUUAUGUUAUGUAAAGUACUUUAUUAUGGCAUUUAAAAGUACCUUGUUGAUAGUUAUCCCCACUCUAAAUCUAAAUACUAUAGUCUAUUAUGAAACAGCCUUGACGUGGGGUCGCGUUGGCUUCGAGUACCAGUCGAGCCCGCUCCUUAUCUCAAUUGGUUUCGGCCCAGUCGGAACUUCAGUUCGUAGUUGUGUUUCUAAGGAUACUCAGGCGGAGAGUGCAACAUGAAGACUGUAACGAAGCUUUUGCAAAAUGUUAGCCAACAAAUUAUAAGAAAUAAUAGAACAGCUUGUUUACAACAUGGAAUCAGAAAAUGCUCUUCACAAGCAGGAGAAAGUCAAUCUUCUCCUUUGACAAGUUUAACAGAAGAAGAAUUAAUGUUAAAAGAUAUGGUUAGUAAAUUUUCUACAGAUAGAGUGGCUCCUCUUGUAAGAAAAAUGGAUAAUGAAGGAAGAUUAGACGAUGACUUAGUAAAGGAGUGUUUUGCUAAUGGACUAAUGGGAAUUGAAGUAGACCCAGAAUAUGGAGGAACUGGUUCAUCAUUUUUCUCAAAUAUAAUUGUAGUAGAAGAAUUGUCAAAAAAGGACCCUUCAUUAGGAAUUUUAGUUGAUCUCCAAAACACUUUGAUCAACAGUCUAAUUAUAAAACUUGGGACACCAGAACAAAAAAAGAAAUAUUUAACAAGGCUAGCAACUGAUACAGUUGGAAGCUUUUGCCUCACUGAACCAACUGCUGGUUCUGAUGCCUUUUCUCUUAAGACGGUAGCUAAAAAAGAUGGAGAUGAUUUUCUUUUAAGUGGAUCAAAAAUGUGGAUAUCAAAUUCCGAUAUAGCUGGAAUUUUUCUAGUCAUGGCAAAUGCUGAUCCAUCAAAGGGGUACAGAGGUAUAACUUGUUUCAUAGUUGAAAGAGAAAUGCCUGGUUUUACAGUGGCUAAACCAGAAAGCAAACUAGGAAUAAAGGCCUCAGGUACUUGCAUGCUGCACUUCGACAAUGUUAGAGUACCUAAGGAAAACAUUCUUGGAGAGUAUGGCCAUGGAUACAAAUACGCAGCUGGUUUCUUAAAUGAAGGCCGUAUUGGAAUCGGAGCUCAAAUGCUAGGCUUAGCUGAGGGUGUUUUUGAUAUAACUAUUCCUUACACUCUUGAGCGAAAGCAAUUUGGAAACAGUAUAUUUUCGUUCCAGGGUUUACAGCAUCAAAUCAGUGACUGUUCAACAAGGAUAGAGGCUGCAAAGCUGUUAGUUUAUAAUGCAGCUCGAUUGGUUGAAGCAAAGAAACCUUUUAUGAAAGAAGCAGCCAUGGCAAAACUCUAUGCUUCAGAAAUGGCGCAAUACGUUUCUUCAAAGUGCAUUGAUUGGAUGGGUGGAGUUGGCUUUACAACUGAUUUCAUGCAUGAAAAGUUUUACAGAGACAGCAAAAUCGGCACUAUUUAUGAGGGAACAUCAAACAUUCAACUAAACACUAUUGCUAAGGCUAUCAAGAAAGAAUUUUCUUAAGUGAUCAAGGGAAAAUCUAAGGAAAUUUAAAUUAAACUGUUUAAAAUAUGCAAAACUACAAUUUUUACUGAUUGAAGUACUUUAGAAGCAACCUUCCAUUUUUUCUUACAACAAAAACAUUAUGAAGAAAUAUGUACCUAUUUCUAUUAAAAUAAGUUUGAUAAUGAAUAAUGAUUAACUUUAAAAAUGUAUAAUUUUAAUUGAAAAAGUAUUUAUAAAAUAGUUAUUUCUAUAGAUUAAGUGCAAUUUGUAAAUUUUGUUCUAAACCUUUUUAUAAUUAAAAAUGUAAAAUAUAUAUAUUUUUGU